CGGUCUUCCUUUGUUUUAGACUUAAAGUGUAGAGCUCUACGAAAGCCAAAGAACGCAAAAGUCCAGACGACAGGCACAGGAUUUCAGGACACUGUAACGUACACUUGUAAGAAUGGUUACACCAUGAGGGGUUCUAAGAAAAGAACUUGUCGAGGAAUUGGUACAUGGGAUGGCAAAAAGGCACGAUGUCCAAGACGUUGUAAAGAUCCUGGUGACAUAAAGUUUGGUAACAAGCAAGAAGACAAGCGAGAUUACAAAGUCGGAUCGAAGAUCACCUACUGGUGUUUUCCUAAUUAUGAACAGGAAGGGAACAACAAGCUAAUAUGUACUAAAGCAGGGACGUGGAGCUCGCCACCACCAAAAUGCAAUCGCGACAUUUUUUCAAUGACGAGUUUGGCCAUUUUCUUUAACAUUGAAUGCAAUAAUGGGAAUUGGGAUAACAAGGCACCAGCAUGCUUGGAGGGAUGCACUAAACCAAGACAUUCUCCCAACGCUUACGUUAGUCCAGCAAAAGUCUUUUAUAACAAUGGAGAGACUGUAUGGAUGUACUGUGGCGGGAAUUACAAACUUAUUGGAGACACAAGCGCACGUUGUCGCAAUGGAAAAUGGAGUAACAAGCCACCAUCUUGCAAACGUAAAUGUAAUAAUCCUGGAAGCCCCUACAAUGGAUGGAGAAAUGGUGACAAUUUCUUUCAAGGAAAACAAGUUACCUUUGCGUGUGGUUAUGGCUAUAACUUAGUUGGCCUAAAAACACUGGAAUGCUUGGACUCGGGAAAGUGGAGUGGACCUUUACCUUCUUGCAAACGGCGGUGUGCUUAUAAUCGGCCUUCCAGUAGCAAGACUACUCCAAUCAUCGCUGAUGGAGUGUCAGUCCGCCAUGGCACCUCAAUCGAAUUUAUGUGUAUCAAUGACUACACCCUUGUUGGACAGCAAACUGCAGUUUGUAGCGAUGGCCUAUGGGACCCCAGUAUUCCAGAGUGCAAAGCACCAUGUCAAGAUCCAGGACGAAUAGCUAAUGGGAUACAAUUUGGAAAUACGUUUACUCACAAAAGCAUAGUAAGAUAUGCCUGUAUUAAAGGCUACUCACUUGAUAAUCCAGCACCACUGAUAUGUAAUGAUGGACGAUGGAAUCGGCCUGUACCUUCAUGUAAAAAGAAGUGUGAUGAUCCUGGAACUCCCCGAAAUGCUAUUAGAAAUAGUAACAACUUAAAGCAUGGCUCGCAAGUCUUAUACACGUGCAAUGGAAACACAGAACUUGUGGGUGAACGAAAAAUAGUUUGCAAUGAUGGAAAAUGGUCCAGUCCUCAUCCAAAGUGUUUGGAAAUAUGCCAAUGGCCCAAAGGACCUAAAAAUGGUCAAGUACGAGUGUCCAGGUCCARGYYUCAACCAUUGUCAGGAGACAAAGCCACUUUUUCCUGUAAAUCGCAUUACGAUUUGAUUGGAAGGAAAGAGAUAUUYUGUGACAAAGGYACUUGGAAUGGCACUGCUCCACGAUGCGCAGGUCAAUGUGAGGUUCCAAAUAACAUUCAAAAGCUCCAACCAUCAAUUGUAUUAAAACGUGGAGACUGGCUUCAAAAUGGCACCAAAAUUAGAUUCCAGUGCAAGAACCAGGGGCAUACAUUUGUAGGCAGAAAGAAGAUCACAUGCAAAAACGGUCAAUGGAAUCAUAACUUCCCGAUAUGCAAAGUCCCUUGCAAAGAGCCUAGUGAUUUUAGUGAUGGAAAAAGAAAAGGCGAUCAAUUUAAUCACGAGUUUAAAUGUAAUCCAGGCUAUACGAUGGUUGGAUCAUCAGUCAUAAACUGUGUCAAUGGGAACUGGGAUGAUGAUAUCCCGAAAUGCUUCAAGAACUGUCAAGAUCUGGGAAACGUACCAAAUGGGAUUAUUACCAACAAUGGUUUUAUCCACGGAGACAAAAUAUAUAUUCGCUGUAAAAGUGGUUUUAGAAUCAAGGGUAGUCCUGAAUUGAGUUGCAAAUAUGGAAAAUGGACGAAUAGAAAACCAAAAUGUGUUGGUGUUUGCUCUAAUCUUCGUCAUCCAAAGAACGGUCAAAUGUUGGAUUUUAAUUUCGACUAUGGUUCUACGGUACGAUUUCGCUGUAACUCUGGUUUUUCUCUGCGAGGUCCAGAAAAUGUGACUUGUAACAAUGGGAAAUGGAAUGGCAAAGUCCCAUCAUGCAAAGCUGACUGUCCAGACCCUGGAACUCCUACUAACGGAGAAAGACAAGGAGAUCUUUUCACUCAUCUACAGACAGUGAGCUUUUCUUGCCAAAACAAUUUAACGAUGAUUGGUUUAUCGAAAAUACAAUGUAAUGAUGGAAAGUGGACCGCUAGAAUACCAGUUUGUACAGAGUGCGGCUCUCCACUUGGAAUGGAGAACGGAAAGAUUCCAGAUAAAAACAUUCGAGCUUCCUCAAGUUGGAUCUGGCGUCGGGAUGCAAAAUACGGUCGAUUGCAUGGUUCAAGGGCCUGGUGUUCAGGACCUUUGAACAAACGGCCUUAUCUGGAAGUAGACCUUAAGAAACCUUACAAGAUAACGUACAUAGCUACACAGGGAAGUCCACGUGAUAACAAAUGGGAGACGAAGUACACUAUAAGCCAUACUUUGGCAAAGUCAUCAUUUAUCGACUACAGGGAAAAUCACAAAGAAAAGGUAUUCAAAGGCAAUAGCRAUGCAACAACUGUAGUCAAACACAAAUUGAAGAAUCCGUUCAUUGCGAGAAAAGUACGUUUUUACCCAAUUGGUUGGAGAUUUCUUGGAUAUCUGUUCAAAAGAGCGUGUAUGCGAGUGGAGAUAUACGGAUGUAGCCUUCCUACUGAUUGUGUGAUGGUUGGUUCACGCGUGCUUGGAAAGUGGGACAGUAUAUACCGUGGUGGUGAAGUUUACUACAAAUCGUAUGUAAAAACCAUCGCUGACAGAUACGAUGAGGUUGACUUAGAAAUAGAAGAUGRCAASCAUCACGACGAUAAAUUCAAAACAAUAUCAAAGACACAUGUUGUACUAGACGUCCCUAAUAAACACUUGAACUUACCAACUGGCACAAGAGUAUUGGCACCAGAAGGCAAUAAGUACUACACAGGGACCAUUGAAAGCAAUCGUGGGCAUUAUUAUGGAGUACUCUUUGAUGAUAAUACACAUGCUUGGAUUCUUAAGAGAGAAAUACGGAUACAUAAACCUACACAGUUUUGUGAGGGAUAACUUUGACAUUUUAUUUAAGAAGUAAUGGCGAUAAAAAAGAUUAAUCAUCAAAUUUUAUAGAAAAAUAAAAAUCGAAUACAUCUGGUUAUUGUUUCUCUUAGACCAUAUUAUUCUUGGGAUAAGGGGACGCUGACUGGUUUUAGUGUCUCAAGGAAAAACAAAAAAAUAAWAUUGGGCCCAUGAACAGUGUGUGCCACAGACUAUUUACUAUUACGGUUAGGUUUCUAUGUAUUUCGGGGUAUUGUUUAGAUUUUGCAUUAUUGUUUAGAUUUUUUUGUUUUUGUUGAAUUACGCAGUCUGCAUGCUUCUGUUAUUGCUAUGGUAAACACCAAAGGAACCAUGAAACACGAUAGAGUAGACAUACUUUAUCCACCCUUCGUAUAGCCUAAGUAUCAGGCUCUCUCGAAGGGGAUUGGGGUGGAGCGACAAGGGAGAGAGAGCCUGACACAAUCUUCUAUCGAGAGCCGUGUUCUGCGGCCGUUUCAUGGCUACCCUUCGUACAACCGAUCUCCGUAUCCUUGUUUAAAUCGCCUUUAUUUGAAACAGUAGAACAGCUAUUCUUGUUUGCUUACAGUCAUAAAUAUCUCAGAUAUUGUCACUAAAAUAACUAUUGAAUCAAUAAAACCUAAUAACAGUUAGAAA